AAGAAGAAAACUUUACAAAAUGCGUGUUCUAAUAAAAACAUCUGAACUGGGAGCCAACUCGGUUUAGAGGUUAAGGCAUCCAGCUAGAAAACAGGAGUUCUAGUUCUGCCUUAGGGACAAAAGUCAGCUGGGUGACUUUGGGCCAAUCACUCUCUCUCAGCUCACCCACCUCACAGGGUUGUUGUGGGGAAAAUAGGAGGAGGAAGGAGUAUUGGCUCAGGCAUGAUCCGAAUCUACCUCUUGGAGGGAAAGGCAUUUGUGUGGAAUUACGCAGAUGCGCGGCGAAUCCGAGAGGAACAUCGCAUUGUCGGCGUGCUGGUAGGGGCAUUGCCUCGGAAGCCACGGCAGAAUGUGCGGCUUGGGCUGCCCUUGGAAUUGCUUCCUGAAGAGGCUCAGCUGUUAUUGGACAAGGGGUUGGCAACCCUGGUUAGGAGCCCAACAUCUCAGUCCCUUGGCCAUGGGAGGAACCAGGACUCCUUAUUCCCAGAGAAAGUGGUUGCCUAUGAGAAAGAGCUAGAGGAGAACUACCAGGAGCAGCUGAGGCUCUCUGCAGAACAGAAGAAAACUAUGUUGGAGUCUCUUGCAGACCAUAUAACCCAGGGCCGAGCAAAGAAAUGGCAAAGGAAAGGAGAAGGAGGAGAUCCCCUUGUACAGCCUGCAGAGUCUGGUUCCUGUUUUGUACUUCCCCGAGAAUCAAUGAUGAUCCAACUCCCCACUGCACGGGCUCCGUUAACUCAAGAAGAAACAGUAGACUGGCAUGUGGCAUCUCAGUUUUGGCCUUAUGCUGGUCAAGAGCUUCAUGAAACGCGCUACCUCAUUUUCCGGGACCUCUGGGAACGAGGUUAUUACGUCACAACCGGGAGCAAAUUUGGAGGUGACUUCCUCGUUUAUCCAGGUGAUCCCAUGAGGUUCCACGCCCAUUACAUCGCACUCUGUUUUUCCAAAGAUGCACCCAUCUCUCUGUGUGACAUCAUCAGUGCUGGACGCCUUGGCACCAAUGUCAAGAAGACAAUCUUGCUCUGUUCAGUGGAACAGGAAGGGACUGUAGCAUAUACAUCCCUACAGUGGAGCGGAAUGCAGUGAGAACAGGGAGAAAAGGCUUGGAUCCUAGGAUUGCCAUUUCCAACAAUG